AUGUCAGAUAAGUCCCCUCAGAUUAGGAAGCAGUUAUUCCGAAGCAUUAGUAACCGAAUUUCAGACACUGAGGAGCCUGCCAACAAGACCCCGACAAAUCACAGAAUACUUUCCUCUUUUGCCUACAAGUCAAAAACAACACCAGAAACAGCAUCAGAGGGAAACACCACAGAUAGAGUGUUGUUAAACCAAUCAGCCAAUGAGCUAGAUUACAUAGAUUACGAUUACCGAAUAUUCAACACAAAGCAUCCUCUGCGUUGGAGCAAGAUCAAGGCCUUGGAACAGAGUGAGACUACUACCAAUUACUUUUUCGACACGGAGAGUGAAUCUACAGAUAGAAUACAUACACUAAACUAUGGACUUCAUAGUUCUGCCACCAAUGAUGAUGAUGAUAAUGAUGACGAUAAUGACGACUCGGAUUCGGAGUCAAACAGAGUGCUAGAGAUAAUACCAGGGCUGACCAAAGCCCUGACAAAACAGGUACUUGACUAA